GCGCGAGCAGGAAGUAGCGAACGAAAAUGGCUCGUGUCUCUCCUCCUGUUGCACCAAGAGGCUGGCCGGUGUUUUUCCACUCAUGACGAUGUCUAUUGGUCACCCAUUUUAAGAGACAAAGGUCGGAAAGAAAGGCUUAUAAAUUAAAUUUACCGCGACACAUCCAAUUCAUCGUCGCACGAGACCCGAGAGACGAGACACUUCUAAAGGAAUAAAACAAGAGAAAAAUCGGAGGAGUAUGGCACAAAAAGAGAAGCUUCAAUGCCUGAAGGACUUCCAUAAGGACACUCUGAAGCCAUCCCCAGGGAAAAGCCCUGGCACUCGACCUGAGGAUGAGGCUGAGGGCAAACAUCCUCAGCGGGAGAAGUGGGCCAGCAAGCUUGACUUUCUUCUGUCUGUGGCUGGAGGCUUCGUUGGUUUAGGAAAUGUCUGGCGUUUCCCAUACCUCUGCUAUAAGAACGGUGGAGGUGCAUUUCUCAUCCCGUACUUCAUUUUCCUGUUUGGUGGAGGCAUGCCUGUGUUCUUCCUGGAGGUGGCUCUUGGCCAGUUCACUUCUCAGGGAGGAAUCACUUGUUGGGAAAAAAUCUGCCCCAUCUUUACUGGUAUCGGCUAUGCUUCCAUUGUGAUCGUUUCCCUACUGAACAUCUACUACAUUGUGAUUUUGGCUUGGGGCUUGUACUACCUGUUUCAGUCCUUCCGUCCUGACCUUCCCUGGGCCAGCUGCAAUAAUAUGUGGAACACAGAGAACUGUAUAGAGGACACACUCCGCAAGAACAUGAGCCUUGCCAAUGCUACCAACUUUACAUCACCAGUCACCGAGUUCUGGGAGCGCAACGUCCUCAGUAUUUCGGAUGGCAUCGAGAACAUGGGCCAUGUUAAAUGGGACCUGGCUCUGUGUCUCCUUGCUAUGUGGGUCAUCUGUUUCUUCUGCAUAUGGAAGGGAGUAAAGUCCACAGGAAAGGUUGUGUACAUCACAGCUACCUUUCCAUUUGUCAUGCUGGCUAUCCUCCUGAUCCGGGGUGUCACACUUCCUGGGGCAGCCGAGGGCAUCAAAUUCUAUCUGUAUCCAAAUGUCACUCGUCUGCAGGAUCCUGAGGUUUGGAUUGAUGCAGGGACACAGAUUUUCUUUUCCUAUGCCAUUUGUCUGGGAGCAAUGACUUCACUGGGGAGCUACAACAAGUACAAAUACAACUGCUACAGGGACUGUUUGCUGCUGGGAGGCCUGAACAGCGCUACCAGUUUUGUGUCUGGCUUCGCAAUAUUUUCCAUCCUGGGCUUCAUGGCACAAGAGCAAGGGGUGGACAUUGCUGAUGUGGCAGAGUCAGGUCCUGGCUUGGCCUUUAUUGCUUACCCUAAAGCUGUGACAAUGAUGCCACUGCCUACAUUUUGGGCCAUUCUCUUCUUCAUCAUGCUUCUGCUACUAGGUCUCGACAGUCAGUUUGUUGAAGUGGAAGGACAGAUCACCUCAUUGGUGGAUUUGUAUCCAUCCUUCCUACGGAAGGGUUACCGUCGAGAAAUCUUCAUAGCUAUACUAUGCUUUGUGAGCUACCUGCUGGGACUUACCAUGGUCACUGAGGGUGGCAUGUAUGUGUUUCAGCUCUUUGACUACUAUGCAGCCAGUGGUGUGUGCCUUUUGUGGGUUGCAUUCUUUGAAUGCAUUGCAGUAGCCUGGAUUUAUGGUGCUGAUAAUUUCUAUGAUGCAAUUGAGGACAUGAUUGGAUACAGACCAAAUCCUUGGAUGAAGUGGUGCUGGACUGCAAUCACACCGUUACUUUGUGUGGGAUGUUUCAUUUUCUCUUUGGUCAAAUACAAGCCUCUGACGUACAACAAAGUCUAUGAGUAUCCGGACUGGGCCAUUGGUUUGGGCUGGACCCUCGCCCUUUCCUCCAUGAUUUGCAUACCGAUGGUGUUUGUGAUCAAGAUCAUCCAGUCUGAAGGCCCUCUAAUUGAGAGGAUUAAAGCAGUGGCAGCUCCGGUGCGAGGCAGUACAAAUCCGUGUCCUCAGGAGUACAGACCGAAGGGUUCAGAACUGGCACAUCCCCUUGACCCCAACGGGAACAACGGCUUGAUGAAGCCCAGCCACACUAUUGUAGAAACCAUGAUGUGAGCGCUCUCUGUGAGAGAAUCCAAUCACUUGCUUUCCAAUAUAUAUAUAUAUAUAUAUAUAUAUGUGUGUGUACGUAUAUAUAUAUAUAUAUAUAUAUAUAUAUGUGCACGUAUAUAUAUAUAUAUAUAUAUAUAUAUAUAUAUAUAUAUAUAUAUAUAUAUAUAUAUAUAUAUAUAUAUUUAUAUAUAUAUAUAAAAUAAAAUGUUGACAUAGUCGUAGGACCAGGUUUACAUAUCUACAUAUCUGCACUAGAAAUUCUUUCCCUUUUCUUUCUCUUUUUUUUUAAACAGAGGAAGUUACACUUGUUUUUUGACAGUGUCUGCAUUUAAUAUUUUAUCAUAACAUUGUUACUAUUAUUAUUAUACUCUUAUUACUAUUAUUACUGUUGCUGUAAUUAGAGAAUAUAUUGAUUUCCAUACACAAACACCAGUAUCUCAAAAUAGUCAAUAGUUUUCCUUUUCUGUAAAUAAUUUAAAUUUAUUGUUGGAGUAGACAAACCAGACCAAUUAAGUGCUGCAAAUAUUAAAUGUUUAUGUAUACAUACUUUAAAAAAUACCAUUACUGUACCUAGGCAAAAAGUGUCUUGGUGGACAUGUUUUUUUUUUGUGUGUGGUAAGAUAGCUGUGCAUAUUUAUUUUGACAAGUUGCACCUAAAAUUGGACUUUUGAAACAGAGACACUACUCUAUAUUCUGGUGCGAGUUUAACACACUGAACCCACCACUGCACAAUGUGGGAAGAGUUACGACAUCUAAGUUACUGUGAGCAUCUUUGAAAAAGCACAAAUGGUCACACUAAUUCUUACCAUACUGAUCUAGCACAAUAAGCUUUACCUUAUAACAUCCAUCUUGUCCACCAGUUAUUCCCAAUGGUCUGUAUUCAGAGUUGACAACUUAAAUCCGAAAGAUACAUCAACAUAUACAAGAGGAAAGAUAAGCUCAAUCAAUGUCAUGCAAUGUACUUGCAUGGUUGCCAGUUUCUUCCUAAGAAGAAGCGUCUGAAACGGGGGUAGUGUCUAGGGCAAUGACUUUACACAGAAGAACUUAUCUUUAAGCAUGCGGUCUAAAGAAAUAAAUAUGUCACAUGUAAUACAGUGUACCAUAAACGCAACAAAUUCAAAACCAAAAAGACUAUAAUAUCUGAAUGAGAAAAUAUCAAGCAUUGAAAUAAAUCGAAUCGAAGUCGAACAGCUUGGUGGUAAUAUAAGCUUAUAAAAUAUCACUUGAUCCAGCACAUAUUAUUUAGCAGAGUAUUCUUAUACUGUGCAAACUGCACACACAAUUUUAAUGAAGACACUGUAUGUAGGAUGUAUGAAUAAUAAAAUCAAUAUGGCGUCUAUUUUUGUUAAUUCGAUGUGCUGUCCUGUUAAAAAACGUUUUGAAGGACUUAUCUGCUAUGCUUAUUAGUUAAUAAGAAAGAUCAUGCCACAUUUUAAAAUAUCACGGUUAAUAUUGGACAUUUUUAUAGGCUUGUAGUUAUGGAUCAAAACACAAAUUUUAUUGCAACAUCAAUCUGCCUGAUAGUGACCCUACUGCCCGCUCUUAGCCGAUACUGUGUUUAAGCCCAAGGUUAGAAACGUUUGUAACCAACACAGACCUUUGUUUUUUGGUAAACUCCACCCUGCAUUGGUCAACCAACACCAACACUUGACUAGCACUUAAUCUUGUGGUGUCUGUAUUCUGGACACAAUUUCGGCAUUAUCAGUCCUCACCAUAACUCAACUCUGAAUACAGCCCAUCUUUUCAUGCAUUGGUGUAAUUAGAUGCUCCAACAAAUUCACUUCUACCCAAAUUUCAACACUCCCUACAUGUCCCAGUCGAUUAUUAUUAUUAAAAACCAGUUCAAUAAGAAUGUAUCAGGGUUUAGACACAGAUACUGAUACUGGAAUGUUAAAACAUGAAAUUGCUCUCGCCCAAGCAUUUGUGUCACACCAAUUCAAAGGUAGUAUUUUAUGGUCAAAUCUAAGCUGUUUUUUUGUAAAUUUCAUUCUUUUAUUUUUCAUUGCCUUUUUGUAUUCUUAAUAUUAAGAUUGUACUUGGCUUCUGUCAGCAAUUAUUAUUUUUUUAUAGGACAAAAUUUUAUAUAGAGCUUUUAAUCAGUGCAAUUGGUGGAAUUUGUAAUGUGCAAUACUUCGUAGGAUGAUAUGCAUUAUUUCUGUCUUUUAAAAAGAUGGUACUUGCAGUGAAAAUUCUUUAUAACAAAAUAACAGGAAACAUCAGGCACAUUGGGGGCCAAUUGAUCAUUGCAAGGUAACACCGAACUAAACAAACAAAAAAAAGUAGUUACUGUGAUACUUUACAUAAUUUAGUAUUUUAAAAAGAAAUGCUAUGACUUUUCUAUCACUUUAUCAGAUAACACACGUUAAUCUCCUCUUCUCUUGUUAUAUGAUUUUUAAUAGCCUGAAUUUCGACUGAUUUAUCACUUAGUUAAACGAUGUAGCCAAACAUCUGUUUUGGGUUGUUAGUCGUGAAGAAGUGUUUUUAACCUUCCCUGAAUGAACACUUUUAAGUGCUGCUUUUGAAAAAUGGCUUCAUUGAAAAUCACAUAAUAAGAUCGGAAGUAGUUUUGAAGAUCAGUCAGAGAUUAAUGGAAUAUUCCUAUUUAGUUGUUUGUUUUCCAAACCUAAUCCUUAUCCAUUUUAUCCUCUUUUCACUAUACUGAGAAAAUAAGUGAGAGCUUAGAUAUUCCGUUUUAUUGGUAUCGAGAAUAAUUAAAACUGUUGUUGCUAAUUUGCCUGGAAGCUAUAGACACAGCAGCUCUGUUUAAAAAGCUAUGGAAUAUUCCGUUUAGUCUCAGGAUCUGAUCCUAACGCAGAAAGAGAGACAGAUUUCUCGAAACAUUUUACACCUACAUGAUUUGGCAAAGUGUCGGUGUAAUCCAUGAGAACGUCUGACAAACUCUUUAUUUUUUCAAUUCUUGAUGAUAACAUGGAAGCAAAAACAUGUAUUUAAAAGAUUUUGGAGUAACCUUUUUUUUUUUUUAUUUCUUAAUAAACAUUUAUUUUUGAAACAAACAAUUAUGAAAAAGCCUCCUGCUUUUGCUGACCAUUUUGCCGAGGUGAACGUCAAUAAUACAGAUUGUUUGAAUGUAGCUACUCAGUCCUACCUUUGUGUUCAUGAAGUCUUUGGAGUGACACAAUACCACAUAGUGUCUCUUUAAGGUGACCCAACAACAAUGGUGUUGCCAAGCCAGGGUAUUUUAACAUAUGCCUGGCUUCUUAAAAUAUGACACAACCAGAAGCGGCAUGUUAGGUAAUGGAAAAAAAAAAAUUGUCCCGGAUAAAACUGAACAUUGUGUAAAUGCGCAUCUUCAUUGUGUUCACAAUGAUGUUACUGUUUCAGGGGUCACUCAGAGUUGCGCCGAGACAAAAGGGCCUGAUGCAUUUUUUCCCCCCCUAGCUUCUGCUGUAGUAGUGAUCUGAUUUGAAACAGACUGAUAGCACCCAAGGGAUGAGAAAUCUGGAGAGUUUGCAAAAAUGCACAAAACUUCCCAAGCUUAACUUGCAGGAGAUGAAUCGUUUCUUUCUCAGGGUACAUGUGAUUAAUGAGUCAGAUUCCCAAUGGAGAUGGAAAUAUCGACUUUGUUUAUUAUCAGGCCGUGGAAAUUAUAACCAUCCCAUUGUGGUUUAGGCAUAAAUAAUUUCAAAAUCUUUUGCUAAAAAUAAGAGUGUGUGUUUGUAUCCAUUAGUUUGUUCCAAUUUGAUUUAAAGGCACAUUAGGGGAAAAUUCUGACCCCUUCUGGACUAAAAUAUUAGUCUAUUCUGUUUUUUUGGCUUUUUACUCAUACAUAUGAGGCAAAAUAGAAUCCAGACUUUGUCGUUAAGACUGUAUAAUGUUUAAUAACUCACUCAAAGGCUUGGGCAUGCCUCAGAUUUUAAACACACAACCUUCUGUUGUCUAUCAGGACACGCCCACUUCCUGUAUGGAAAUCAAUGGACAGUUUCAAUAAAUGUGGUUGAUCUGGCAACCUAGUUGGCAACAGUAAAGAUUUCCUAGCUGUCCAGCCCUUUAUUCCUAUACCGUAGCACCAAUGCACUCUCUAUACUGAUUAAUAAUAAGAUGUUGAUUAAUUGUACUAUUACAGCAAUUCUCCAUCUGCAAGGUUUAUAUUACUUACCAACAGACCUGCGUUCUCAUUUCUCUUAUAACAACCUGCUGUACCUACAUGGGUUUAAAACAUUUUGGAUAUGAAGUUUUGUGAUUAACAAUUAUAGAAGGAGUGUCCAGUGUCCAGUGAAUCAAGGAACUAUUAUAAUGUAAGAGAUUACAGGAAAUAGCUUGCUUUAUGGACAUUCCACAAUAUUACAGGUAACUCUAAAUGGAUAAAUGUACUUAAAAUGAAAACAACAGCAAAACAAACAAACAAAAAAAAAAGGAAUGAUUGGCAAAUUAUUCUAAAAUAAUUCUCUAUUUUAUUAUUAUUAUAAAAAAAUAAAAAAAAACUUCACAAUGUGGU